GUCAUCCAUGUCUCCUCAAUCUCGUUUCUCUCCUUAGUGAUUGAGCUUUUUCUUCUUUCUCUGUAAUUAUUCCUUCUCCGUCGCGAAUCCUCGCCGUAUUUCAGAAUCUAAAUCUCUCUGAUUUAUUUUCCAUACACUUACAGAUUUUCUCCGAUGAAAUGUGAUUUUUGAGCUCUGUUUAUUUCAAAUCGACGGCGAUCGUUGAAAUUUAAUUGGUUGGAUUAGUGUAUAAGUUUGAUCAAUGUAUUGAUGCUGGAUCUCAAUCUCGACGUCGACUCGGCCGAGUCUACUCAGAACGAACGAGAUUCGGUUACUGUUAAAGGGGUUUCUUUGAAUCAGAUGGAUGAAUCAGUGACGUCGAACUCUUCUGUUGUUAAUGCUGAAGCUUCUAGCUGCAUAGAUGGUGAAGAUGAGUUGUGUUCUACACGAACGGUCAAGUUUCAAUUUGAGAUACUGAAAGGAGGAGAGGAAGAAGAAGAAGAAGAAGAUGAUGAUGAAAGAAGUGCUGUGAUGAUGACUAAGGAGUUUUUUCCAGUUGCUAAAGGCAUGAAUUUUAUGGAUUCGAGCGCACAAAGUUCCAGGAGCACCGUUGAUAUUUCCUUCCAGAGAGGGAAACAAGGCGGAGACUUUAUCGGCAGUGGAAGCGGUGGCGAUGCUUCACGGGUGAUGCAGCCACCAUCACAGCCGGUGAAGAAAAGCAGGAGAGGUCCUAGGUCUAAGAGUUCGCAGUAUAGAGGCGUCACUUUCUAUCGGAGGACAGGGAGAUGGGAAUCGCAUAUCUGGGAUUGCGGUAAACAAGUUUAUUUAGGUGGAUUUGAUACUGCCCAUGCUGCAGCUAGGGCGUAUGAUCGAGCUGCUGUCAAGUUCCGGGGUCUGGAGGCUGACAUCAAUUUCAUUAUCAGCGAUUAUGAAGAGGAUCUCAAGCAGAUGGCGAAUCUUUCCAAAGAGGAAGUUGUGCAAGUACUUCGGCGUCAGAGCUCCGGUUUCUCAAGGAAUAAUUCAAGAUAUCAAGGAGUUGCUUUGCAAAAGAUUGGCGGGUGGGGAGCUCAAAUGGAGCAGUUUCAUGGAAACAUGGCUUGUGACAAGGCAGCCAUACAAUGGAAUGGAAGGGAAGCUGCUUCCUUAAUUGAGCCUCAUGCAUCCCGGAUGAUUCCCGAGGCAGCUAAUGUUAAGCUCGACCUCAACUUGGGAAUCUCUCUUUCACUGGGAGAUGGUCCAAAGCAAAAAGAAAGGGCUCUCCGGCUUCACCAUGUCCCUAAUAUUACUGUAUGUGGAAGGAACACCAUGAUGGAGAACCACAUGGCUGCAGCGGCAUGUGAUACGCCUUUCAAUUUCUUGAAGAGGGGUUCAGACCAUCUUAAUAACCGGCAUUCCCUUCCUUCUGCGUUCUUUUCACCCAUGGAAAGAACACCAGAGAAAGGUCUUAUGUUACGUUCUCAUCAAAGCUUCCCAGCCAGGACAUGGCAAGGGCAUGAUCAGUCCAGUGGUGGGACCGCCGUAGCAGCUACAGCAUCGCCUCUGUUCUCAAAUGCAGCAUCAUCAGGAUUCUCACUCUCAGCUACACGCCCACCUUCAUCCAUAGUUACUCCUCAUCCUUCUCAGCCCUUCUUAAAUAUGAAUCAGCCCGGUCUCUAUGUUAUCCACCCAUCUGAUUACACAUCUCAGCACCACCACAAUCUCAUGAAGCGCCCACAACCACCACCAUAGCUUCCUCCUUCUUCCGCCUAGCUCAAGGUUCUACACACCCUGAGGUUGGAAUAACUUGGACCCGACCGUGGAAGGCCAGCCAAUACGACGAUUUCUCCCCAAAUCUAUUGUACUUAUUGUCAUUAUGUGGUUAUCUUUCUGCUUUUUAUUUGUAACAUAAACUGAGGGCUAAUAC